AUGUCAUACACAUUUAUCGGACUUCAGAUAAACACAGUCUAUGAAUUCAAUAUCCGCGCUAAAUAUUCCGAUGGCUCAUCAUCAGUUAGUCAUUGGGCCAAAGAAGUUUUGAUAACUACAUCAGGUAAGCUAGGGAAUCACAUUUAAUUUUUUUCACUUGGAUAUACAAAUGGAAAUGGUGAGUGGAAAGUCUAUUCUUUCGGUUGGUGGCUUAUUUUAGUUUAAAUAAAUCCACAAGAAACGAGAUUGGUCCACAUUUGGAGUGAAGAAUGUAAAGUUAGCAUACUGCAAAGAUAGGAGUAAGAUCAGUUAAAAUACGAGAAAAUUAUCAUCAGCAAUGAAAAUGAUGAUAAUGCAGUAACUGUGGUUUUUGCAUUGCAGGUGUUCCAGGUCCGUUUCUUGUAAACGCGGUUCCCUUUGGAUGCAGUGCUAAACUUUCGUGGAAUGUUCCCUCCUCCGACGGCUGCCCGAUAACACGGUAUACAAUUCACUACAGAGACAAAAGGAAUGGGUGGAAUAUGAUCAACUUGAAAAGGUCAAACGUGAGCGGGUAUCGUCUCUGGUUAAAUUGCAGCAAAAAUUACGACAUCAUGGUUAUUGCCUGGAAUCAACAGGGACAUAACCAUUACAGUGAAAAGUCUCUGGAGUCCAUACGAACGGAACGUGGUAAUGAUUCUCUGUUGUUGUUGUUUUUUUAAUGUGUUUUGUUCUUACGAUAAUGAUAUCCAAGUAUCACCAGAGCUUUUCCGGAUCUCUAACGCAGUACGAAAUAUUAUGUUUUACUCUCCCAGGUUAGUCCCAUCGUUUCAGCAGAUUUUCUGAUACACUUUUUAAUAUUUCUGCUUGGUGAGAGGCAAGAUUAAAUCGGCUUAUUCCAAGAAUACAAAGCACGGCCUUUAAAACGGACUUUUCAAUCCGAAGCCACACUUGCGAGCCAUACAGCAAACUCACCGUUCUACUUAAAAGUGCCGUUAAUAACUGAUUUUACUUUCCCUUUGAAAAUGAUAUCACGAGAGUUCGACGAUGGCAAAAAAAUUUAACGUUUCUUAAAUACGUUUAUAGGAAAACCUUUUAAACCAUCGACUACAAAAGUUGAACCAAAGGAAUGCGGGGAAGUGGAAGUAAGUUGGGGGCCACCGUCUUUUGAUUCUGGCGGAGGUUUAGUGACGGAUUUCCAAGUUCAGAUGAGAAAGCAAGGUGGUAACUGGCGUAACUGUAGUAACUUCCUGCCGAAUAACACAUGUUUAUUCCAUGGUUUGCUUAUUGAUAAGAAUGACGCCCGCAUCGAUGUUCGCCUCAGAGCUGCCAAUAAGAAGGGGUUUAGUGAGUGGACGAACGAUAAGGCCCCCAUUAGUUUCGGUAGGUGAUAAUUUCUCUCUUGGCAUAUGACAAAAACUGUAAAAACCUAACUGUCUUGUUCGUUUAUGUAAUGGCCGGAUGGACAGAAAGACGAAUGGAUGAAUGGAUGGAUGAAUAGAUGGACACAUAGAUAGACAGAUAGUUAGAUAGAUACAUACAUACAUACAUACAUACAUACAUACAUACAUACAUACAUACAUACAUACAUACAUACAUACAUGCAUACAUACAUGCAUGCAUAUAUACAUACAUACAUGCAUACAUACAUGCAUGCAUGCAUGCAUACAUACAUACAUGCAUACAUACAUACAUAAAUAGGCAAAUAGAUAGAAAGAUAGACGGAUAGAUAUAUAGAUUGAUAGAUAAAAUAAAUACAUAGAAAGACAGAUAGAAAGAUGGGCAGACGAUAGAGAGAUAGAUAUAUAGAUAGAUGGAAAGGUAGAUAAUAAAUAGAUAGAUGGAAAGGUAGAUAAUAAAUAGAUAGAUGGAUAGAUAGAAAGAUAGACAGAUCGAUAGAUAGACAGAUAGAUCGGUAGACAAGUAGAUUGAAAGAUAGAUAGUCAGAUAGGUAGAUAUAUAGAUAGAUAGAUAGAUAGAUAAAUAGAAAGGAACAUCAAUAGAUAAAUGUAAAGGUACAUAAAUAAAUAGAGAGAUAAAUUAAUAGAUAAAGAAAUAGAAAGAUAGAUAGACAGAGGGAUAGAUAGAUAGACAGAUAGAUAGAUGGAUAGAUAGAUAGACAUUUAGAUAGAUAGAUAGACAUAUAGAUAGAUAGAUAGACAGAUAGAUAGAUGGAAAGAUGGAUAGAUGGAUAGAUUGAUAGAUAGAUAGAUGGAUCGAUGAAAAAAGAUAGUUAGAUAGAUAGAUAGAUAGAUAGAUAGAUAGAUAGAUAGAUAGAUAGAUACAAAGAUACAUAGAUAUAUAGAUAAAAAUGUAGAUAGAUUGAUAGAUAUGGGUUCAAAUCCCGUACGGACCUGAAUAUUUUUAGGUCUUAUUUCAACUACUAGUUAAGUAGUGUUUAUAGCUGCGAGGAUCUCUUAUAUUCGUGGUCAUAUGUUUACAGGCAAGUAUGUGCACCAAUAUGGCGGCCAAUUAAAAUGAGAUCACUUGACAGAAAACGAUCUAUACAUGAUACAAAACUUUAAUCAACCACCAUGGCUUUGAUCAAAAACAAGAGAUUAUGAAUUUGACGGAUAGACAGAUAGAUAGAUUGAUAGAUAAAUAAAUAGAGAGACAGAUAGAAAGAUAGAUAGAAAGAUAAAUAGAUAGAUAGAUCAAUAGAUAGAUAGAUAAAUAGACAGACAGAUAGAAAGAUAGACAGAAAGAUAAAUAGAUAGAUCAAUAGAUAGAUAGAUAAAUAGACACAUAGACACAUAAAUACAUUCCUACAAACACACAUACGUACAUGCACAUAAGUAGAUAGAUAAUACAUCAUACAGAACUUUAAUCAACCGCCAUGACUUUGAUCAAAAACAAGAGAUUAUAAAAUUGUCAAAAGUUAAAAUAUUUUGCAAUUUUCUUUUAAAACCAUAAGCUACAAAAUUAUAGUUAGGAUGCAAGGAUUCUUUUGAAGUAAUUUUCUGAUUGCUUAUAGGUCGACCUGACCCUCCGGAGAUUGAAUCCAAAGGUUCAAUAGUUCCUGGAAGGAAUGUAACUAUAACUUGGAGCGCCCCCGAAGAUAACAAUUGCUAUAUUUUCAUGUACUCCGUUCACUUCAGAGUAGUACAACCUCUUGUAAAGAGCUGGAGCCAAAUAAACAUCUCGGGAGUUACCAGUUAUCAACUGCAGCUUCAAUACAGCAAACAAUACGAAUUCAUCAUUGCGGCUUGGAACACGCUGGGACGAAGCGAAAAUAGCGCAGCCUGGAAAGUGAGAACAGCACAAGGUGAAGUAAACGUGUAAUUUUAUUCAAUACCAUUGUUAGAUUAUGAUCCCCUAGGUUUCAGUCCUGUAUGUUACUCAUUCAAUUUAAUAUGCCACGCCAUUAAUGUUAUUAGCAGGUUAAUGACAAUAUCAAUACAUAGCUUAUACGAUAGCUAAAUUUUAGCAGUGAAGGUAAAAAUAGAUUUAAACUAGCUAGCUGCGAAUGAGGAAAUAGAAGGUAGUCACGUGAUCAUUCAGUAUACAUCUUAAGUCUAUAGUAACUCGAAACGGUAACGCAACAGUCGUUUAUAGGAAACUAACGUUAUGUUUUUUUAUACCCUUGCUCUGCUUCAUUCAAUUGAUAGACCGUCCUGGUUCACCUGAAAUAUUUGACCGGAAAGUAUCAGGAUGUAAUAUUACACUAGGGUGGACCUCACCAAAAUCCACUGGCUGCCCGAUACUCUUUUACACGAUCAGCUACAGGAAAAAAGGACUAAAUGAUGAUGACACUUGGGUAAAUGUAAAUGUAAAUGUAACAGAUGAAGGAGUCAAGCAAACGGAACUUAUACUAAAUUGCUUCACGACGUAUGAGUUUCAGGCCAGGGCCUGGAAUGAACUAGGAGGUGGAGAACUGUCUUCCUUGCAGUCGGCAACAACAGACGGCUUAACCUCUCUGCAGGGAGGUAGAGAAUCCUAUUUAAGAGGUAUUGAAAACUCAUCAAUUUUAGAGUAAUUAACCAAGUUGAUUGAAAUUGAAAUUCAUGGCCUAAAAUAAUAUUUGGUAAAGAUGAGUUUUUGCAAUCAAGAGCAUGAGUAUUGAAAGUGGAAAUUACAAGUUCGUACAUUGGCAGUUUUUUUAAGUUUUUUGUUCAAUCGCUUUGCUGAAUAACUUUGACUCUCCUGACUCUCCUCCAAGAACAGCAGAAAUUUUUCACCAACUGAAAAUCUUGCCUUAGACAGCACGGUCGAGAUCAGCUCUACAAAAAGUUUCAAGCCAGCAAAGUUGAGUUCAGCUCUACAAAAAAGUUUCAAACCAGCACAGUUGAGAUCAGCUCUAUAGAAAGUUUCAAACCAGCGCAGUUGAGAUCAGGUCCACAAAAAAUUUUCAAACAUUAAAGUAAGAAAACAUUUUUCGCGUAGAGAAGAACAAGUUAAAUUAGUUAACUGCUGAGUGAGAAGCACCUCGUGAACUGGUUUUAAAGCUCUAAAGAAAGCAAAACGUUUACGAAAUUUUCGCAGGCUGCAAUCACAGUGAUGUCCUUUUCUUACAGAUUCUCCGCCUUUAGAACUGGUGAACCUAAUCACACCGAUUGUUGCUGGUGUUGUUGUUUUGAUUGCCCUUGUACUGACCAUAAGAGUGUGGUACUAUUACAGGAAGAGGUCUUCAAAACAAGACAAAAGGUAUUUCUGGCCGCAUACUUUACUGUAAAUCAAGGUUAAAUAUUUAGUUUAUCCCUCCUGACCAAAAAGCUUGUUCAUUUUUAUCACCCGUCGUUAUUUCUCCAACCAGGAGUACAGUAUUUGACGUUAGUUCGAACUCCUAACAUGAGUCUGUUGGGCGAUUCCUUUCAAUACACGUUUUGUCAUCGUUUUCAUUACUAUCUUAAUAAUCAUCAUUAUCAUCAUAACUAUUAUUAUCAUGAUUGCCACCGUUGGUAUAAUCACUUUUUCCCAUGAUGAAUAUCACAAAACCAGCUUCUCCUUAUGAUUGAGGUUGAAGCAAAUAUUUUUCGACUCAGGAUUAUGAUGCAACUAAACUAAAAAACUCAUUUUAUUUUGAUCAAGGACGGUCAAAGACGUUCAUGUCUUGGAGCAGUGCGAAAUACAUCCAUUAAGAACAGAAUUUGUCGAGGACCUGGGCGAGGGAGCAUUUGGGAAGGUUCAUAAGGCAACACUCAAGAACGGAUUGGACUUUAUUUAG